UGCUCAUCAUCAUAUAUAUUUCCAUCGAUCGAUCACACUAACUAGGUAACCAGGCCAUCUAGCGCACUUGAUCAUCAAACGAUCAUGGGACAGGUCCUCAAAGGCAUAGCUGUGGCAAUAGGACAAAGCCUAGCACACGGCGUAGUCGUCCCUGGUCUCAUCGAAUUCUUGAAUGCUUCGCCAACUGCUUUCCAUGCCGUUGAUGAGGCAAAGAAACGGUUGGUAGCUGCGGGGUAUGAGCAAGUCUUGGAAAGAGAGGAUUGGAUAUUGGAAGUCGGGAAGAAAUACUUCUUCACCCGGAAUUACUCCUCGAUCAUCGCUUUCGCAAUCGGUAAAAAAUAUGUCGCUGGAAAUGGAUUUCAUAUCAUUGGUGCUCAUACCGACAGUCCUUGUCUGAAACUGAAGCCGGUUUCCAAGGUAACCAAAGGUGGGUAUUUGGAGGUUGGUGUCCAAACGUAUGGGGGUGGUUUGUGGCGUACUUGGUUUGAUCGUGACUUAACGGUUGCCGGAAGAGUGAUAAUCAGAGAAGCAAAAAAUGGUUCUGGUUCUGUUUCGUACUCGCAUCGUCUUGUUAGAAUUAAGGAGCCCAUCAUGCAGAUCCCGACCCUGGCGAUUCACUUGGACAGGGGCUUUAAUGAUGAAUUUAUGCUCAACACAGAGAAUCAUCUUCUUCCUGUCUUGGCAACAUCAAUUGAGGCAGAGCUCAAUAAAAAUGGUGCUGCAGAUGGUUCAGGCAAUAGUAGUGGUCAGACUAAUGGAAAAAAUGGUAAUGAAAGAACUACCACUAAUAGCUCAAAGCAUCACUCGCUCCUAUUACAGCUGCUUGCAAAUCAGAUUGGCUGUGAACCUGAUGAUAUAUGUGAUUUUGAGUUGCAAGCAUGUGACACCCAACCGAGUAUUAUAGCAGGUGCCAGAAAGGAAUUCAUCUUCUCAGGGCGGCUUGAUAAUCUCUGCAUGUCAUUUUGCUCCCUAAUGGCACUGAUAGCUUCAUCUUCUGAAAGUUCUCUUGAGGAUGAGACUAGUGUUAGAAUGGUGGCCUUGUUUGAUCAUGAGGAGGUUAGGUCUAACUCAGCCCAAGGAGCUGGGUCUCCUCUCCUGAUAAAUGCCAUGUCACGCAUUACAAAUUCCUUUGACCCGGCUUCUAAGUUGCUUGAGAAAGCGAUCCAGAGGAGUUUCCUUGUGUCUGCUGACAUGGCGCAUGCAUUACACCCUAAUUAUAUGGACAGACAUGAAGAUAAUCAUAAACCCAAGUUGCAUGGAGGGCUUGUCAUUGAACACAACGCAAAUCAACACUUUGCCACCAACGCAGUCACUUCCUUCAUAUUCAAAGAGAUUGCUAGAAAGAAUAUGCUUCCUAUCCAGGAAUUUGUGUUCCGCAAUGACAUGGCAUGUGGUUCGACCAUUGGUCCUAUACUUGCGAGUGGUGUGGGGAUUCGUACAGUUGAUGUAGGCGCACCUCAGCUAUCAAUGCAUAGUAUACGAGAGAUGUGUGCUGUAGAUGAUGUGGUUUAUUCAUAUAGGCAUUUCAUAGCCUACUUCCAAGAAUUCUCCCGUCUCGACGCAAAUCUAACCGUUGACGGAGGCUGAGGAGAGGAAAAUCCCUUUGACCCCUUAAAAAGAUUAUGGAAGUGUCCAAGAAGUUCGAACUUUAAUUGCAGUAUAUAUGUAUAAUAAAUACCAAAUCCAUCAUGAGGUUUGGCUCUUAACAGUCUUUGAGAUGAAAGAAUUUGGACAUGAAAAGAAAAAUAAAUG